AUGGUCAGGGUUUGGCGACUGAAAACUAGGGUAUCUACACGUAAUUUUCCCAAAGUCAGGGUUAGACGACUGAAACGAGGGUAUCUACCCGUACUCUUCCCAAGGUCAGGGUUAGACGACUGCAAACGAGUAGAUUACGAAUAUCCAUAUCUAUCUAUCUAUCUAUCUAUCUAUCUAUCUAAGACUUCUUAUCUAUGUCAUAAUGUUUUAUCUAUUUUAGAGUGUUUUUAUCUAUCUGUCUAUCUAUCUGUCUAUCUAUCUCAGAGUCACCUUUCUUUGUCGACAACAAAUUCGUUCAGAUGUCUACUCUUUCCUUCUCUUUUUUUCCUUUUUUUCUUUUUCUCCCUUCCUUUUUUCUCUCGUUUUCUUCUUUCUUCAUCCUCUCUAUCGCUUUCCGUCUUUCUCCACUAUCAUCUUGCUCUUCCUUGUUCUCACUUUUUUUUCCUUUUACCGUCUUCCUUUUUCUUUCUUUUUCUCUUUGUUUCUACGCUUUCUCCUUGUCGCAUCCCUCCUUCCUCCAUUCAUUUCCCUACUUUCUUCCUCCUUUGUACUGCUGCCUCUUUUUCUACCUAUUCAUCUCUCACACUUUUUUUACUCACUUUUCUUUUUUUCUUCCUAUCUACUCUUAUUUCUCGCCUUUUAAAUAUAAUACUUUUCCUUUUUCUUUUUAUUCUCUUUUUACUUUUUCGCGUCCCUCUUUCAUCUCUUGUUUCACAUUUUACCACCUCUUUCUUUCCUUCUUCUGUGUCACUUCUAUUCUGUUUCAUCAGCUUUAUUCGGAAUGACGACCUCUCUCAGAAAGAAACAAAAGGGAGAUAUCUCCAUUUUGCUUCUUAUGAGAAAGGGUUUUAUUAUCUAUCUAUCUAUCUAUCUAUCUAUCUAUCUAUCUAUCUAUCUAUCUCAAUCAUCAAUGAGGCUACUAAGAUUCAAAUCAAAGUUGACUGGAAAGCAAAAAGAUGGAAGGGGGGCAGCUCGCUCAGUUUGAACUCUAUCUAUCUAUCUAUCUAUCUAUCUAUCUAUCUAUCUAUCUAUCUAUUGGUUACAGUGUUUCCAUCUAUUUACGUAUCUAAUUAUCUAGCUGUGUUUGAAAUCUAUCUAUCUAUCUAUCUAUCUAUUGGUUACAGUGUUUCUAUCUAUUUAUAUAUCUAA